AUGUCCCUCCUACCCCAGCAGAGCGUCCAAGUGCAUCUCCCAGAAUCCCUCCCACCCAUCAUCACCCAGAGACUGUAUCUCCGACCUCUGGCCGACUCUGAUGCAAAGGAUCUAUUCGCCAUCCGGUCAAGCCCCGAAGUUGCGAGGACAAACCACCCCAAAACCCCUCAUCGAACAGUCCAAGAGACGCGUGAAUGGAUGGCCACGAAGAUCUUCACCGCGGGCCCUGAGAAUGUCCUCGGUCGUCACUUUACUUACGUGCUCAUUGAAUGUGAACGAUCGGAAGACGAGCCUCAGCCACCACCCGCCGACAAACGGGUAAUUGGCUACAUCGGGAUCAAUGCAGUAUAUCCCAGCCCGGAGAUUGGGUAUUCGAUUCAUCCUGAUUACUGGGGCAAGGGGUACGCGACGGAAGCUUUAGAUGGACUACUGAAGACGUGGUGGAAGUUACCUCGUCAGCCUCAGUUGGAUCCCGCAGCCUCGUCAGAGGCUGAUGGGGAGACAACAGACGGGGCUGAACCGACUGAAAAAGUCUUUGCCAUUUGCGAGAAGAUCAACCCGGGCUCAAGCAAGGUGUUGAGCAAAUGUGGAUUCCGGGUGUUGAAAGAGAUGGUAUACGAGGAGAAUGAACUGCUGCUAUGGGAGCUAGAAAGACCUGCAAUCAAGCAUACAUGUCUCUAA